UCAAUUAAUUGUGCUUGCAUGCAUACAUAACCGUCCAUUAUCAUGAAACAUCAUCGUGGUCAGGCAUAACCAGACGUCUUUAAUCUAUACUACUAUUAAACAAUCGAACAAGAAUUACACUACAGACACCCCCAUCAAACGCCCCACAAAAAAAACAACCAAUCAGCACCCCACGAUUAAUCCCACAGAUCUUAAUCUAACAGCCCUCGUUAAUCCGCCGUCUACUGGGUGUACUUCGCAAUUACAAUUGGCUGAACAUACUCCACCAACCAAACUUCCAAUCACGCAAGAAAAAAAAAAAGGAGAAAAUGGCCAGCAACGUCCCCUGUAAUCACGGUACCAUCCAGCCACCAGCAUCACGGGAUUCGCCGUAGUCCAUGGAGAUCUCCCUCGACGCGCUGCUGGGCAUGCAGCAGCACGGGCAGGACCUGACCUACAGGCUCGCGCAGGGCGUCUCGGGCCUCCUCCUCCACGUGCAGCCGCCGCAGCUCCCGUGGCCCGCCCCGCCGCUGCCGCUCAAGCUCAUCUCCUUCGACAUCAAGCUCCCCGCCGUGCCCUUCGUCGGCGGCGGGGGCGUCGACCUCCCCGCCGUGGCCGUCGCCUCCUUCGUCGAGAUCGGCAGCCGGCUCGGGCAGGCGGGCUCCGACCUCGGCGCCUCCGUCGGCGGCGCCGUGCAGCAGCUGUCGCGGCAGAUUCCCGUGCCGUUCCGCUCCGUGCCGCGGCCGCCGACCCCGCCUGUGCGCUCGCCGCGCUGCACACCGCGCACUUCGUCGGUCCGCGCGACCGUGCCGGUGCCGUCGCCUUCCUCGCCGCCACCGCCACGAGCCUCGGCAAGGCGACGGAGUACGAGAGGGCACUGUUUCGGGCGCUCUCAACGCUCGUCGGCGAAGACAGGGACACGGAGGUGGCCGUCGACCGGCAUUUCCAGCUGCUCAGGGAGUUCCCCAGGGAUCUCAUGUCCCUCAGGAGAACACAGCUCAUCUUCUUCUAUGUCGGACGGCCGGACACAUCCCUCGAAUUUGUUCAACAAAAUUAUUGAAGGCGGUUGCAAAAGAAAUAUAAAGAUGAGAGGUCUUGAAGCUUACAUGAGCCAAACAAGUGCAAACAUGCUUAUACGUGCUUGCAUCGUGAAGAAGGAGCCGGCCUUGCUUGUCUCAAUAAUACAUGUGUAAACCAGCACAUGCUCCGAUGCAAGAAGCCAACAACACAAGAGCCAAUCAAAUUCGAUUUUGACUAUGUGAAUUAAUAAGAGAAGUAACCGAGUUGUGCAUGGACUGUUACGUUGGGCAAACCCAUAUCGACAACCAAAGCAAACAUCAAGUCCAGCGGAGUCGUGCAGUAUUUGGUCUUUGUACGACCCUGUGUUUCGUGAAUCAACACGCCAGACAACUGUAGCUCUUAAUAAAUAGCUAGCCUAAAUUAGGGUUUAGACUCGGGAUUUGUUCAGUUGAAAGUUAGUCAUUGUAACUUCGUGUACUUUAUUUGUGUCCAACAACCAGGCUAAGUCCGCUUUCGUAUCCCACCCUUAUCAAUACUUCAUCUAUAUUCAUAAUAUUCAGAUUACAAUAUCA